CGAGUCCGUUCCGACAAAUUAAUUUAACAGUCAAUGCCGGCAAAAAAAAAAAAAAAUUAACAGUCAAUUGGCGGCGAAGAUGACGACUCAGUCGCAGUUCUUAGUGAACCUCUCUUACGGAGGCCUCGCCUCCCAAAGUAAUCUCAGAGCGAAUAAUCGUGUUUCACCUUCUUCUUGUCAAAUUACACGAACAAAUCGCUCAUGGGCAUUACCAGUUUCCUUUAAAGUUGAGAAAUUUCAACUCCAACGAGGAAGGAGGAGAAGAGGAUCACCAUGUUUUGGGGAGAGCGAAGGGUUGGUCAAAAAUGGGAUUGGUGAUGCUGAUGGGAUUAUAAUUGUUGAUCACGGUUCUCGUCGCCGUGAAUCCAAUCUUAUGCUUGAGGAGUUUGUGAAAAUGUUCAAAGAAAAAACUGGUUACCCAAUUGUAGAGCCUGCUCAUAUGGAAUUGGCUGAGCCAUCUAUAAAAGAUGCAUUCAGUUUGUGUGUACAACAAGGGGCGAAACGUGUAGUUGUGAGCCCGUUUUUUCUAUUUCCUGGAAGACAUUGGCAUACGGACAUUCCCUCGUUGACGGCUGAUGCUGCAAAGGAGUUCUCUGGCAUCUCAUACCUCAUAACUGCACCUCUCGGCCCCCAUAAUCUCCUCCUGGUAAGUUAUAAAGCAUAUUUUCCCCCCAAAACGAGCGAGCACUUUAAACCUAAGGGAUGUGAGAGCAUCCUCAUGCAUUAGUGAAUGCCACUUUUUUCCCUUGAACUUCCAAUGAGAGCAUCCUCAUGCAUUAGGGAUCUUCUGCUGUUUAAUCUUCACAAGAGAUCUGUUCUUCUUUUGGCUCUUGAUCUUUCAGUAAUCUACUAAUAUUUCUUUCUGCAGGACGUUGUAAAUGACAGAAUCCAACAUUGCUUGAGCCAUGUUGAAGGUGAUGCUGACGAGUGUCUUGUUUGUGCUGGAACAAAUAAGUGCAAGCUCUACAAUAGUUCUUAGGUGUACAUGUAAGAACGUUUUUGUAUAUCUGCUCAUCUUCUCUAACCUUCGGAUGCGGGAAAAAAAGGAGGCAUAGUAUAUUGUUCAUACUCAUCAUUUAGUACGCGUCCUAUGUUUCAACAAGGGAGUUUUGAGAUUUAUGUUCUUUUCUUCUUAUUGCAGACCAAUUUGAAAGACUACGAUAAUAUAAUAAAAGCUGUCUGUUAAAUGUUGUCUCUCCCUCUUAUCAACAAAUUAAGAAAUUGAAAUUUGAUGUAUCGUAUAUCAGCAAUGUUUCAUGGUUAUAAAAAAA